AUGGCCCAUGGGGCACAUGCGCGGGCGGGCGCGGCGUCCGCCUCCCACGAGCAUCACUUUGGGUCCCUGAAUUGGUCACCAGGCUUAGCUCUACCGUCAUCGUGGGAGCCCGGCGGGCGGGCGGGCGCAGUCACUUUUAUGACUGAGGCCAGCCCUGUUGCUCUGCAGUGGAUUUCCCAGCAGCGCGAGGAUUCGGUUCCUUCCAAAGGGAAGCGUCUUGACCUGCAUUCGGGCUGGCGAAUGAGGAUGAUGAAAAGUGCCGUGAGACCAACGCAGUUUUCGUAUGGCUCUAACCCUUUCUUGCUUGCGCGGCUGUUCGCCAAUGCAGUCGGUCAGAUCGAGGGGACAAUUCAUGGCAACGCGAAGAUACGGCAUGGAAGAAGAUUGACGUAUUUCGUGGUGUUUAACCCCUACCUCUAUCCUAUGCAAGUCAGGUCGCAAUUGUUCGUCUUUGGUCAGAUCGAUGGGCCAUCCAACACACCCCAGGAUACCGGCUGCUAUCGACCAACAGCGGGCCUGUAUUGUACACGAGGCCAGGAACCCCCCUUGUCUCAUCGUAUCGACUUUACCGCUCUCGUUGAGGAGAAUCUCCCAGGGCUGCAGCGAGACCCUCCCACGGAGUCCGAAUGCCCCGCUCCAGGCGGGGCCGCCAGCGGGAAGAAGGGUGACGUUCGUUCGUCAGUCCAUGCGGCCGGGUUCACGGCGACGUCUCCUCGGGAGAUGGGGUACGGACGACGGAUGCAGAAAGCGUUGCCAGAGCCCACACUUACUCUCUGUCUCUCUCUUGCGUACUAUCAACCAGGCUGCCAGAUUAACUCGGCUCGGGAGGAAGGACGUCAACGAGGGGUAAUGUAUCGUCCCACGGCCAUCAUUCUGAUCAGCAAAGGCCAAGAACAACUUUGCUUAUGCACCCGCCUAACCUGCGGCGGGAAGUGGGAUUUAGACAAGCACGUCCGCGGCAAAGCAAUGAUUGACAGCCAAGACUCGACGUUAAACGGCCGCCUAGGUAUCGUCUCCUUGCUCUACCGAGGGGCUGGGCCCACGGAUGUUCCCAUUGUUGCGUUUAGCACGCUCGCGGAAACUUUGCGGAGAGUCGUGUUUCGGUCUGUGUUUGUUAUUUCUGUCCAGCCUCAAUACCAACGGCAAAUCUCGUGCUUGUGUAUUGUCCCGGUGUCCGUCGGGAUAGAGCCAACGAGAUUCCCGCCUAGAGAUGGACGUAGUCCAUUUGUCGACUUGGCUCGAUCAUGGUUCCUCCGCACCGUUUCCUUCAGGCUUGACUUCAUACCUCAGAAUCCAAGUGGCUUGAGGGAUCCAGGCAACAUCAAAUCGUCCGGCUGCUCCGUGGAGGGGACCUUUGCUUCCGUGGCGUUUGAGCUUGUUCUUCUCGUGCAGUUACGGGUGUGUCUUAACGCCAUCAUCAUCUAUGUCUCACCAUCCCACCCCUCUCGCCUGACCUUUCCCGCUCACGCGCCAGGCAGCCUUUUAGACUCGGCUGGCGUGUCUGUGGGUGCGUUGCCAACGUUUUCGAGUAAAGAAUUUUGGAACUUUGGUAUUCUGUGGCCCCUGAGACUUCUCUCAGAGUACCGUUCUCGCCGCCUCGUCUCUAUUGACGAGGGUUCGUUCCUAGCUUCUUGGCUGGGAGCCGCUUAUGUGGAAGAAGGCGUCCUUGAGGGUCUGGUAUCACGGCAUGCUAGACUAUCGAGGCAGCGAUAUAAUUUGCUCUGCGCCAAACCCCUUGGCGUUAACCUCUUCGGUGGCUUGCUUCUGGCAGAUGUGGACCAUCAUGUCUUGUCUCGGCGUUAG